GCACAACUCAGUCCGUCUACUUGUCGAGCACUCGGCCAUUUUCUCUGCUCAGUUGUGUCCGUAGAUUGUCCCGUGCCAGUUAUUAGGGGACCGCGUUGAAGUAGAACUAGCACUUUGCUCGGAUUGGGUUACACAACGAACCUACAUCGAAUUAUAAUACUACUAACAUUUUGUUCUGUUGUUUUCGUUAACUAUUUACAAUGAGUGAAAAUUCUAGCGUGAACAACACGCAAAGCAUAGCGGACUACCUGGCGCAGCUACUGAAAGAUAGAAAACAAGUGACCGCCUUCCCGAAUGUCUUCAUGCACGUGGAAAGGCUCAUUGAUGAAGAGAUAGCGAAGGUGCGGUCGAGUUUGUUCCAGCUGAAUGGCGUGAAGACUGAACCACUGGUGUUGCCCGAAGCACAGGGCCCGCCCAUCACGCUCAACGAAAAGGUCUUUGUGCCCAUCAAAGAACAUCCAGAAUUCAAUUUUGUUGGAAGAAUAUUGGGCCCAAGAGGAAUGACAGCGAAACAGUUAGAACAAGAGACUGGUUGUAAAAUAAUGGUUCGGGGUAAAGGUUCAAUGAGAGAUAAAAAGAAAGAGGAACUGAACAGAGGAAAGCCAAAUUGGGAGCACCUGAGCGAGGAGCUGCAUGUUCUAAUAUCGGUUGACGACACAGAAAACCGAGCCAAACUCAAGCUACAAAGAGCUGUAGAUGAAGUCAAGAAACUACUUGUCCCUCAAGCUGACGGUGAGGAUGAGCUGAAGAAAAGGCAGCUGAUGGAGUUGGCUAUCAUUAACGCCUGCGACGAGGAGUGGCGACGCAUGGCACUGACCGCGGCCGCAGCCGAGACGCAGCGACUCAUGUCGCCUGGCAUGCCCGGCUUGGCGACUCCACUUCGCACACCCACCGCGACGCCGCUCGGCGCGCCGCUCAUCCUGUCGCCGAGAAUCCCGGUGCCAACCACGGCCGCCUCCAUCCUCAACGGGUCGGGGCCUCCCGGUCAGCUGUUGUCGGCCGCCGACGCCCAUGGUCUCAUCUACACGCCCUACCCGAGCUACACCGACUACUCGGCGCUCACCGGGUCGCCUCUGCUCACCGAGUACACCGCCGCCGACCAUUCGGGAGCAGCAGCAGCAGCAGUGGCCGCUGCGGCUGGCGUUGCUAAGCAACGGAGACAUUUGGGUCAGAUCCGCGACCACCCUUAUCAAAGGGCCGGCGCGCUCGCAUGAAAUUUCCUUUACGGUCUCCCUGAUCCCUAAAAGGCUUGGAGCUAACCGUAACCAACUGUGCACGCUGGCCAAUCUAACAAGUUGCUCGUACGCGCGAGCUCAUGUGCGUUCGUUCGCUCGCUCUCGCUCCGCCUCCUCUUCACACACACAACAGCCGCCUCUGGCUCUCUCUCUCUCUCUUAAGCAGGAGAGAAUCAUUGUGGUACAUAGAUUUUAAAGGUUUUUCUGUUAAAAUAUCAGUAUGGCACUUUCUUUUUCUAUUCAUUUUUUCAAUAGAAACUAUUGCAAGAAAUUGAUAUUAUUUUCCAAACAAACUUGAUAUUAAACUUGAAAUUUCACAGACUAUUCUUAUUAUAAAUGUGUUCAUUCACGAAUAAGAUACUAACAAACCUUAUUAAAUGAUAUUGUCAAAUUGUAAAUAAAUUUUAAGGAUUUUACAAUUUUUUAUUUACAUUUUUGAAUCCUACAUAAGGAUAAAAGUGUCUAAUAUAUUUUUCAAAUCAUCACCAUGAUCAUUAUUUUGUUAUGAGAAGCUAUUAUAUACAUAGAAAAAGAAUGUGCUGUACUUGGGAGAAGUAUGAAAAUUAUUAUUCAAUACUGUACAAAGCAGCAUAAUAUAAUUUGUAGUUUGAAUACUUAAUAGCCUAAGUAAUUAUGCACUUCCAGAAAUAAUAUUGUAACUUAGCUCAUUGUUGUUUUGUGCGCAUUUAUUUUUCUCUUAAUAACGAUUUUAUUCAAAAGUAAUAAUGCCCUAAAGAUUAAAACGUUGUCAGUCUUCUCAUCUUUUGCAUGACACUGUUAUAAAUUAAUAAUCAUUUAGAAGUUUAAUGUUAAUAACUAUCACAUUGUUAUUUAGCAUGAUAUUGAAUUAUUUUAUAUUUUCUGAGCUAAUACAUUAAUGAAUAGAUCUAUUUUUUCAAUUAAUGUUCCCGGAAAACGAUGGAACACUUUAGCGUACUUAAAAACGAAAAAAUAUGUUUCAAAUGUUCUAAAUUUAUACUGGUGUAUUUUUCCUGUUGUAUUCAUCAGAUAUAUUCAUAUUUUUAAAUCUCCAAUAUUAUGAGCCCAAUUGUAAAAUAUAUUUCAUGAAAAUGAUUUUUCAUUUUCACUUUUCUUCAAGAAAACUUUUUUGUUAGAUUCACUCUCUACUGUGAGUACUAUUGUCGAAUCAUAGAGCUGCUAUGAUAUUCUAUUUUAUUGAAUAUCAUUUAGUCAGGUUGUGAGAGUGCCAUUGCCAUGCACUGCACUGCACAGGGUAUUUCACAAAGUACUAUAACUUAUUUAGCUUGUGAAUAUGUUUCUCUAGAAUUUCUUAAUCAAUCUUUGAUCAAAGUACUGAUCAAAUUAAAUGGUAAUAACAUAUUGACAGCUUUAAAUGCGAAACAAGUUUAUGAGAUUUUUACUUGUUGUUGAAAUCAAAAAUAAUUUGUUUAUAGAUAUAUAUUUAUUAUUUGUUUUUAGUUAUUUUAGUUCUAUUCAAAUGUAAUACUUGAAUAUAUUGUUAGUCCGUAUUAUAAAUAUUUGCCUUAACUGCAACAUUAUGUAAAGACUGUGAGAAAGGUAUUCUUUUUGAAAUAUGAAUCACCUAGAAGAAUCACGUAUUCUCUUAAGAAAUAUGAUUCACCUACAAGAAUCGUCACAUAGAAUUCUAGAAUACUGAUCGAUAUCAAUGUUAUUAUUAAUGUCCUUGAAGAAUAGAUUUUUAUUUUCGAAUUUUAUAGUAUCUUACAUGAAAACUUUUCACAGCAAAAAUUUCAUUUACAUUUUCAUUUUGUCUUAAUAUCUCUAAAAGAUUUUUCCGUCGCAAAGAUUAUUCUUGCAGCUUUUCAAUUCUCUACGUUAUAGUUCAAAAGUCUAUUGUUGAAGGUUCAGAAAUCUUGAAAAAGAAAACAAUAUUAGAUUUUUGUGUGUGCCAUUAUAUCUUCAACCCAUUUUUAAUGUUUUCCUGCGAGUUGGUUUCGUUAAUUUAAAAAAGUGAAUUUACAGUAAAAUAUAAUAGGAACAAUUUAUUCAAUUUCAAACUUGAAAUGUAUCGUAGUAAUAAUUUUUGUUAUUUACCAAUCACAAUCUGUACAUUUUCAAAUAAAAUUACUAGUUGAGUCAUGAUAUACCUCACGAUACUGCCUCAUUGUAAAUAUUGACAGAAUAUCAUCAAUAGGCAGCUUGACAAUACUAGAACAAUCAACAGACCUGCUCAUAAAUGCUCAAUCAAUAAUUGAAACAUGGCAGUUGCCCACUCAUUCUCGUAUAGCCUACACAUCAACAAUCCAAAGUCAAUUCUGUAAACUCUGUGAAUAAUUUCGAACGAAUAGUAUUUUGAGAUUAUUUUAUCCUGUCGCAAAUCAUGAACGAACAAAAUAGGCUAUAAAUAGCCUGAAGUGAACUUCACUUGAGGCGAAGAAUUUGAUCCAUCCAAUUUAUUACAGUAAAUUUCAAGUCUGACAGACAUGUUAUUAUUAGUUUUAGAUGCUGUUCGAUCCUCCCGCAAUGAUAUUGUUUUUUUCAAUAUGGUAGUGAUAUUAUUUUUACAUGAUUUUUAACGUCCAUAUACAUUUAAAAAGAUAUUUCUUAGGCCUACUUGUGUCAUAUUUCAAUCAAGUUGAAUAUUAGUCUUAUGUUUUCUCAGAUAUAUAAAACCAUGACAAUAAAUCAAUUAUUGCAUAGCUUUUAAUUGUGUUGGAGAACAAGUAAUCAUCUACAUAUAUCAAAUUAUUAGAGUAAAUCACUGGAAGAACAUUUAAAAAACACAUACGGUACUAUCAUUAGAAUAGGUAUGCUUUUCCUAGUCUUGAAAAAUUACGUUGUUGGUUCGCAAACAAGAAUAUUGAAACCUCAUCACUAUUUUAGUGAAGUUGUUGGCAGCUAUAGUGUUUAAUGAGUAGGUAUUUAAUUAUUUGAAUGUCACAAAUCAUCGAAUGCUGAGAUUACUCCCUCCAAUAAAAAUUAUUAUAGCAAUUAGAAAACUAUUACCUGUUAUCAAAUUGAAAGUUAUAAGAAAAUUACUGUCCGAUGUGAAAAAAAAUAUUAGCUACUUUUUCCUUUUAUAGUUCAAUAGUUGAACUAUUAUAUUUUGUUGCUCGAAGCUCAGAGCUACUCCAAUAACAUUUAAAAAAUAUAUUUCACAAAGAAGAAAGCCUCCUUUUAGCUCAUGAAGAAGUUCAAAUUCUGGAACUUAAAAGAUCAAUUGCUAUUGCUUCCAUUAAACAAGUUAAUAUUGUCAAUUUUGUUAUAAUGACAACUUUUCUCCAAGAGCCCGACAGGGUUUCGAGAAAUAGUUGAAUAUUCAUUCUAUGAUCUGUCUCAUUUUUGUGAAAGUUUAGUAGUAAAGAGAUUAUAAUACAAUAAUAUUCUAUUGCAAUAAUUCAUUUGAAUUGUUUGUUCAAAUAUUUCUUUUAGUUUGUAAGGCGUUGCCGUAUUUUUUGUGUUAUGUGUUACUAGUGAUGAUAGGUUUUUGUACAAGUGCCAUUGUUAUUCGAAUGGAAUCUCUAUAUUUUUGAACUGGAUCAAUAUUUUGAUAUUUGUAUAUUACAUCUUCAGAGAAAAAUUAAUUUGUACUUUUGUCGUUUAUUUUUAUGGAGCAUAUUUCAACACAUUUUUUUGCAAAUUAUCAUGAAAUAGUUACACUACAAUGUAGAGAAUCCAUUCUUGUAAAUAUUAAUGGAAAAUAUAAAAUCUUUCUUUAUUA